GAGAGGUACGUCACAGUGUGGAGUACUGCAUUACUAACCUUGGAAAUUAUUUAUUGCUGGUUAAUAAGUAACUAACUCAUUCAGUCAGUAUGCAUCACUGGUAAAACGCCGCAAAGACGAUUGGGGACUUGAAAACUAUAUUUUGCAGUAUCACUCCUUCCUGUUGAAAUGUACUAUGGAAGUUGUUCAAAAUGAAGACGGUCAAACUUUGAGGUACGAAGUGAAUCGACCAAUCUUCAAUGAAGCCCUCCUCCAGGCUCAGCUACAUAACAAGGAAAUAGAAAGCAAGACAGUUUGCCAAAAGUUGUCACACCAUUUUCAAUGUUCCAGUAAAAGAGCCAGAUCUCUUCUGUAUACAUUUAUUCCAAUUUUAAAAUGGCUACCAAGAUAUCCUGUGAAGGAAUAUUUGCUGGGAGACGUUAUAUCUGGUUUAAGUACAGCAGUCAUGCAGCUGCCUCAAGGUUUAGCCUAUGCUCUUCUUGCAGCAGUACCCCCUGUGUAUGGCCUUUAUUCUUCAUUCUAUCCUGUGUUUUUAUACACCUUCUUUGGAACAUCCAGACAUAUAUCCAUAGGUACAUUUGCUGUGAUAAGUCUAAUGGUUGGUGGUGUCACAGUACAACAUGUCCCAGAUGAAAUAUACGAUACUGCAGCUGAAAAUUUUACUAAUAGUAGUAGCACUGCUGAAGACAUAGGAGUCAGGAGAGUAAAAGUGGCUGCAGCCGUUACAUUUCUUUCAGGAAUCAUUCAGUUUUGCUUUGGACUUCUUCAGUUUGGGUUUGUGGCCAUCUAUUUAGCAGAGCCUCUCGUACGAGGAUUCACCACAGCUGCAGCAGUACAUGUUUUUGUAUCACAACUGAAGUAUUUAUUUGGAAUCAAGACAGAAAGGGCCAGUGGUCCUUUUUCCGUAAUUAAAAGUAUAGUUGCAGUGUUUUAUAAUAUAAAAAAGACCAAUUUUGCAUCAUUGAUUGUUGGAGCAAUCUGCAUGGCCGUGCUUUUUGGAGGAAAAGAAGUCAAUGACAGGUUUAAGGACAAACUGCCUGUUCCGAUCCCUAUGGAGAUCAUUGUUGUAAGUCCAGUACAUUUUCUUUGCUCUCUCUUCGGUUUUGGCUAUAGUGCUGGUGAACAUUUGGAAUCUGCCAAAAUAGAUAUAGCGGGUACCCUGCCUGUCGGACUGCGCCCUCCGGCACUUCCAGAUUUCAGUAUCCUUUCCAGUGUGUAUAUGGAUGCAAUUGCAAUAGCUGUUGUUGGCUUCUCAAUGACAAUAUCAAUGGCUAAAAUAUUUGCUCUUAAACAUGGCUACACUGUCAAUGGAAAUCAGGAACUGAUUGCCUUAGGAUUAUGCAACUCCAUUGGAUCCUUCUUCCAGACAUUUGCGAUCACCUGUUCAAUGUCACGGAGCCUUGUUCAGGAGAGCACUGGUGGAAAGACACAGGUUGCAGGGAUGUUGGCUUCACUGAUUGUAUUACUUAUCAUUGUGGCUGUUGGAUAUCUGUUUGAACCACUACCUCAGACUGUUCUAGCUGCAAUUGUAAUGGUUAAUCUGAAAGGAAUGUUUAAGCAAUUUCUGGACCUCCCUGCAUUGUGGAAAAGUAGUAGAAUUGAACUGGCUAUUUGGCUUGUGGCCUUUGUUGCGUCUGUCCUCCUGGGAUUAGAGUAUGGUCUGCUCAUUGCCAUUGGAUUUGCCAUUGUCAGUGUCAUUUACAGAAGUCAAAGUCCACAGUAUAGACUCUUGGGACAGAUUCCAAAUACAGACAUCUACUGUGAUAUAGAAAAGUAUGAAGAGGUGAAAGAAAUUCCAGGAGUAAAAAUAUUCCAAGCAAAUACCUCGCUUUACUUUGCCAAUAGUGAACUUUAUGUGAAUGCAUUAAGACAAAAGACUGGAGUUGAUCCCUGCGCCAUACAGUCUGCAGAGAGAAAAGCACUGAAAAAGCAUGCUAGAGAAGUGAAGCAGCAAACAAAGGACAAAAAACAAGCAGUUAUAAACCUGAGUAACAGUGCUGAAGAGACAGCUGCAAAACAUGACCAGAUGGGUGGUGAUCUUGUAAAGCGCCAAAAAAAUGGGAACAGCCUCCAUUCUGAAGGUAGCUUGCAUGAUGUUUCUGAUGAGCUUGAGACCUUCAUGAAGCCUGUGAUUGAUACACACUGCAUCAUAUUAGACUUCUGUCAAGUUAACUUCAUCGACUCGGUUGGUGCAAAAACUCUAAAAAAUGUAAUAAAGGAGUAUGAAGAAGUAAAUGUACUGAUAUACGUGAGUGGGUGCAGUGGGCCAGUUAUGGAAGACCUGAACAGACUUAAGUUUUUUGAAAAGUCCAGCAGAGAAAUAUUUUUCAGUGGAAUCCAUGAUGCAGUCCUCAACUAUCAGUUGAGAACAUCUAUUGCUGGUGCACUUUCUGAAGAUCCUAACAUUCUUGCCUUAGACAGGCAAACUGUGCUUUAAAUGCACUCUAGAUGGACAUUUCUAUGUUCCUAUAUUAUGGCCAAAAUAUUUCUAUAUGUGAACAACUGGAUUUAAAAUGUUCCAUGUCCUUUCCUAGAUGGCUGCCUUGCUGAAUCAGUGUAAUAUUGUGAUUUCUUUGAGGCGGUGGAUUCUGUCAAAGGAGUCUAGACCAUAGGUUCACUACUGCUGUAAUUUUUUACAGCUUAUUUUAAAACAGAACUUUUAACUGGAAGUAUUUUAAAAUUAAUAACUUGAGCACUAUUAUUUAAUAAUUUGUAGAUUAAAUAUGGUACUAUGCUUGAAUAACUUAUUGCUGCUAAUUGUCUUUUUUCCCUACAUAUAGAGUUAUUUUGAGUAUUCUAUUCGUACAUGGUGUUAAUAGAACUUGUCAAAAAAUUGCACCUAUGGAUACAAAGCAUUUUCUAGAGCUGUAUUUUUGUAAGAGCUAUUUUUGUUUUCCUAAUGUAUAUGUGUUUUCAAACAUUAUUGUUUAAUUACAGUAUUACUGGCUGAAGCUUCA